GUUUGAACGGUUUUGGUUCGUGCGGCUCGCGCAGUGCGCUGAAAUUUAGCGGUUCUCUGCUGAAAAGUGAAAGAGGUGGAACAAAACGCUCUGCCUUUGUGACUGGUGACUUUUGAGGUUUUAGACAAGUCAGGGAGGCAGAAAUAUUGUAUUACAAACUUUGCAAAACAGUGACUUACGAGAACUACAGUGACUUUGGUAAAACCCUGCUAGGGUUGAGAGACUUGUGUGUUUUAUUUUACGAACUGAGUUGUUGGGUCGAUUCCCGCGCUAAAAUUGACAGAUUUAGCCGCCCCAUUGAUGGUGACAGAAGAUCGCGAGGACUGACAACAUGACAAGUUCUGCGAAAUCUACAGAUGCCGAAAAGUCAGAUGUUGAGAUGGCAGCGCUUGUGGCCCUGCCCGUUUCACUCGCCGAGCUGCUGGAGGUCCGAGGACGGCAAGGGCUCACUUCCCGCGAGCUGAGGGCGGUCGCUGCUCAGACCUGCAGACACCUGGCCACUCUGCUGGAGUCAGAUGGACAUGUUGCGGCGGUCCCACUGAAGCACAUCACGGCUCAGACGCUUCAGCUGACUGGGUCCGGCCAGGUCCGGCUCAGUCACACCGAGCUCUAUUCGGAUGUGUACAGCGUUACUGCCGGAGAUAUACAGCCGGUUCUACGCUCUCUGGGUGAAGUUCUACUGACUGCCGCAGCAGAGUCCGUACCUGAGGAACUCACCGGCGUUCUGACAGACCUCAGGGACGGCCUCGUGACUCUGCAGCAGCUGCCACAGCGGCGGGCCAUCAAACACACGUCAUGA